AUGGUGACCGGUAAAAUGACGCCAGAGGAAUGCGCCCAGCUGGAGGCCGCCUGCGUGGCGGGCGAUGCUCCAGCCAUGCUUGGCGUGAUCAUCGCACUCUGCGUGCACUAUAAGCAGAAUCACGUGGCCGAGGCUCUUUUGGAUUUGGAGUGCAUUCGUACAAAGCCCUUGCUCGAGACACAGGCACGAGCCGUUCAAAUGCUGGCCGCACUUCCCUUGAGUGCCCGCCACCUCGGCGAUGAGAACCGCACCCUCAACGUCCUCAAUGUCAUCCUGCGUCCCCUGGCCAAAUCACUCCCUGCCCAGCUUCAGGCCCAAGUGGGUGCACUCCUAGAUGAACAAGCCCAGGCGUUUGUUCGACAUUGCCAAACCCUCGAGCCCACCGCAUCCGCUGGCCUUGCGACGACCACCGCAGCAAUUUCACCCACAAGCACCCCAGAUGCCUCAGACCCGGGUGCACCAGAUCCCUUGGCCCUCUGGCAGUACGGAAUUCUCACCCCAGCCGCCCUCCAGCGCAUCGCCAAGACCUGCAAGGUCAAGCGUACCCAGAUCAGCGGUGAGUUGCUGGCCUCGUACGUGGACACCCUCGUGUCUCUCUAUCAAAAUCUUAGGGCCCACUGGACGCCCAUUGAGGGUGGGCCCGCUGACAUGCGCGCCGCGCGCGCUGCUGUUCAAGGCCAAGCCGCAGCGUCUCCCUCGACCUCUGGUCCGACCCCGACUCCGGGCACUGGCCCCCUGGUGGGUGACUAUACCGCCUACAUCGGGCGUGAAAAGUUUGUCAAGGGCUGGCUCACCGCAGCCGCCCGCCUCAUGAUUCAAUUCAAAGUCGGACUACAGGCCGCGCCAAAUCUGUUUGAGCUCCUCCUCGAGAAUAGUGCGGCUGAGGUGGCGUUUGAAUUGGCCGAGCGCAUCGGUCCGCAUGACCCCGCCGUCCCGGCCGCCUUGGUGCGCGCCUGUCUUGAUCGCCAGCAGUUGCGCCUCGCCAAUCGCGCCGUUGAAACCUUUUCCCUGCACGACGCCUUCCCCACCGUUCGGCGGCAGUAUCACGAGUCCAAGAUGACUGAUUUUCUCGACAAGGGCCUAGUCGAACUGGCAGCUGCGGUUGCCCAGAAGCGGGAUGAUCUGCGUCAGCCCUUUGUUGAGGCCCUCCUCAGUCUCGAUGAGUUUGACCUCGCCCUUCAAUACCGCGAUCGCUUCGGGCUUCAGAAGGAGGUGCACGUCUCUGAACAAGAUGUUGCACAACAUCGCGAGCAAUACGCCCGAACCUACGUGUCACUGCCUUCUGCCCUCUUUCCCGCUCGCCUCAUCUUUGCCCACGACGAGGCUACUCUGGCUCACGCUCAGACGGCGCUCACCACUUCUCUGACUGUGAGUCGCACCGCCGGCCUCGUGCCCAUCCUGGGCCUUGAUUCCGAGUGGAAACCGCGGACGCUAAGUCAUGCCGACGAGCCCGUCGCCAUUCUGCAACUGGCGACGCGGGACGCUUUGGUCAUUCUCGAUACGCUUGCCUUGCCCAGCAGCAGCUACGACCCCUGGCUUCUCCAGCUUUGGACAGAUGAGACCGUGGUCAAGACCGGCUUUGCCUUUAAAGGCGACAUGACCAAGCUCCGCCACUCGGCGCCCUCGGCUCGCUGCUUUGAGGCACUCCACGCCUUUGUUGAGCUUGAGCACGCUGCCAAGGCCUACUGCGCCGAUUGGGGUGCCAGUCUAGGUAGUCUCACCGCUACAGUCUUUGGUCGCCACCUUAACAAGGUCGAUCGCAUGUCUGACUGGAGCCAGCGGCCGCUCACAAAGCGUCAGCUUCACUACGCUGCCUUGGACGCCUGGAUCUGCGUCAAGCUGCUAGAGCGCCUUCUGACCGAGCCAGGACCCAUGCACGCCUGCGAUGAAUUUACACGUACUGCCUCAAGCACAGAUUCACAAGUGCGGGAGCGUCUGUCCCGCCUGACCGAAGUCCUCCAAGCGCGCACCCCAACCCGUGGCAAACGCCUUCCGGUGGUCAAUGCACCGUUGUCCGCGCUCACGCACCACGUCAUGCUUGGUGAAGAGGCCGCUGGCCAAAGUUCAGCUGCAUCAACUCAGGAGCUGGUUGUGGCCCCGCAGACAGCAGAUGCUGAUGGCGCCGCUAAUCGCCUGGUAGAGCGCCUGGCGGCCUUGCAGCUGCAUUGGGAUCCUGCGGUCCCCGUCGACCAGCCCUUGGGCACCGUGUCCGUGCGAAACUUUUUGCAAAUUCGAGGUGUCGAUACCUUGGCCGCGCCUGCCACCGAUAGCGCCAAGGACACUGCCAAGCACGUGCAUCUGGUCGACGUGGGCGACGUCGAGGGCGCAAGCUUGGCUGCAGCUGGUACAAGUGCCAAGAGCGUAGCUUUUCUCGCCAACGGCCAGCCCGUCGUCGUGCUAUUGUUGAGCAGCAGCCGCGCCAGCAAGCCGGCCGUUGCAGCGGCGUUUGGGGUGCAUAAGCGAAGCGUCCGCUUGGCCUCGCCUGCCGAAUGCAUAUCGGUGUUUGGCUAUGCCCCUGGUACAUUGCCGCCUGUGGGCCAUCGUUCGCUUUGUCCCGUGCUUGUGGACGGGCGGGUGGCCGCCCAGAACGCCACACCCUUGACAUUUGGUGGAGGGGAUGUCCACAUGCGGCUCCUGAUUAGCUUUGAGCAGUUGCAGGGUGUGCUACCCAUGGCUGUUGCGGCACUAGCUGAAGAGGGCGCGCCGCAGUCGGCUGUGGCGUUGCCCGCAUCGGCGGUGGGUGGUGUUGGACAGCUGCGGUUUCUGACUGAUGCCAUGUGUGGCCGGCUCACUCGCUGGCUACGUUGCGCCGGUGUGGAUACGGACAUGUGUUUGAGCUAUGAUGUCAAGGCCGUCGUCGCCCAGGCGCGUGCGGCGGGCCGGACCGUGAUCACGUGCAGUCACAAGUAUGCCAAGCAGCUGCGUGGCGUGCCUCACUUUCUAUUGCAUGGUGCCGACAUUCGCAGUCAGUUUAUUGAGGUAGCACAACACUUUGAGCUCGCCUUGGAUCCUGACUCGUUCCUCUCCCGUUGCACCAAGUGUAACGGCACAUUUCGCAAGGUGCCGUCGGCUGAUCAGCUUGAGGGCAUCAUGCCUCCACGAGUCUUGGCCCGUGUUUCUGAAUUUUGGCGCUGCGAUAGCUGUGGGUGCAUUGUCUGGAAAGGGUCCCAGUUUCGCCGCCUAACGCUGCUUUUUGAGAGUCUCUAUGGGAGUCAGGACGCGGCGACUCAAGCUGCUCGGCUGAGUGUUCCGGAUUUUGAUGAAGGGGAGAAUGACCUGGAUGAUGAUGAUGAUGAUGAUCUGGAUGGUCUGAGUCAAGGAGAACAGGAGAUUUCUUUGCCUCAAGCCAACACCUUGGGUGACUCUACUCCGCUCUAA